UUAUGUUUUUCAUAUUCAAGUCAUGACUUCAUAUUAAGAAAACGAAAAAAAAUAAUAAUUCGGUGUUGCCGGUUUAAGAAGAGCGUUUACAAAGAUGAAGUUGGUUAGAUUUCUUAUGAAAUUAAGUCACGAAACGGUGACGAUCGAAUUAAAAAAUGGAACCCAAAUUCACGGCACAAUUACGGGAGUUGAUGUUGCAAUGAAUACUCAUUUGAAGUCUGUCAAAAUGACUAUAAAAAAUAGGGACCCAGUACAAUUGGAAUCACUUAGUAUUCGGGGUAACAAUAUACGGUACUUCAUACUUCCCGACAGUUUACCUCUCGAAACAUUGCUGAUUGAUGAUACGCCGAAAUCUAAAACAAAGAAAAAGGAUAGUAGUCGCGGGGGUAAUCGUGGCAGAGGACGUGGUGCGCGAGGACGCGGCGGCCCAAGAGGUCGUGGCCGCGGACGAGCAUCUGGUAGACGAUAAGAUUUUACAAAACUUUACUGAAAUAAAAUAAAAAUAUGAAGGAUGUAAUAAGGAAACUUGAUAUUUUUUAUUUAAUCACAUAUACAUACUUUCGAUGUUAUGGGGUUGUGUUAUAUUAAAAAGUUCAAACAAAAUUGAAUUGACGGUAUUUGAAAGCUGUCUGUCUAAUACCAUGAGUAGAACAACCUGUACAAAGUAAAUACACUUAAAAUAAUAAAUAUUAGUAUAGUUAUUACAGUCA